AUGGGUCUCCCAGAUUCCGGCCUCUCGGCUGGAGCUGCCGAAGCUCCCUUCGACAUCGUCGGCACCUACCAGCGCCUGUUGACCGAGGAUCCGGACCUGACUAUGCCUGUUGCUGCCAUUGAGGCGCUCGUCGCCGCUCUUUCUGCCUCCGAUACGAGCACCACGACUGAAACCCUGGCCUUGCUCUCCGCUUACACCAGUAAGCUGAAGGCCGCCAUUCCCAAUCCUAUCUCGCUGUCCGCUGGCACCGACCUUUUCCAGCGCUACCUCAUGACCUCUGUCCGCCCGGGCGUCGACUUCUCCAAGACUCGCCAGCACCUGCUCAGCAAUGGCCGCCUGUUCGUCGAGCGUGCCAAGGCCUCUCGCGACAAGAUUGCCUCGUUCGGAAAGCACUUCAUCCGCGACGGCAACACCAUUCUCACCAACGGCGGUUCUCGUGUCGUGAGCGCGCUGCUGCGCUCCGCCGCUGAGUCGGCGGGCGGUGGCUCCCAGGGCUCUGUCCGCUUCCGCGUCAUCUACGUCCUCGCCGUCCCCGAUCCGGCCAACCCCUCCACCGAAGCCACGACUAAGCACGCCGAAGGAACCGAGAUCGUGCGCGCCCUGCGCGCUCACGGCGUCCCCGUCGCGACCAUCCCGGAGGCCGGUGUCGCGUACGCUAUGGGCAAGGUGGACAUGGUCAUCGUCGGCGCCGAGGGCGUCGUCGAGAACGGCGGCAUCAUCUCCCGCCUGGGCACCUACCAGCUCGGCGUCCUGGCCAAGAACGCGAACAAGCCCUUCUACGUCGUGGCCGAGAGCCACAAGUUCGUGCGUCUGUACCCGCUCGGCCAGUACGACCUCCCCAUCGAGCAGAAGGUCAUCCAGUUCCGCGUCGGCCACGACGAGCGCGUCGUCGAGGAGGAGGGCAGCAAGAGCUCCGGAGCGGCGGCGGAUGUGGACGCUAGGAAGGAGAAGUGGGCCGCCGGUGCUGUGGAUGACGCUGUAGAUUUCACGCCUCCCAACCUCAUCUCUGCUCUGAUCACCGAAUCCGGUGUUCUCACUCCUAGUGCAGUCUCUGAGGAGCUGAUUAAGAUUUGGUUCUAA